AUGUCUCGACGAUCAAAAGCUAGCAUUUCACUUUUGAUGCGAGGCGGACGUCUCGUAUAUUCACACGUGACUGGCUUGGUCAGCGCAGAGGUUAUCUUUUACUUUUUUCUUUUAAUUUCUCACAUUUUCAUUUUUCCUCUCUCUUUCUCUAUCUCUCCAUCUCUCUCCAUCUCUCUCUCUCUCUCUCUCUCUCUCUCUCUCUAUCUAUCUAUCUAUCUAUCUAUCUAUCUAUCUUUCGACGCUGUAGCUUCCUUUUAUUUCCAAAUAUAUUUCUCCUUUUUCGAUUCAACUUUUUUCUUUCUCUAUAAUACUAUAUCUUUCUUUUUUGACCCAAAUUCUUCUUUUCGUAUUUUUACUGUACGUCUUUCUUUUCUGACCCUGCCUUUCCCCUUUAACCCAACAUCUUAUUCACAUUAUUCUUUCUUUAUUUUAGAUUUUCUAUUCAGUUAUUGCCCUUCUUUAUUCUUUAUCGAUUACUUAAACUUUUUCUUUUCUUCUAUUCGGGAUUCAUUCUUAAUAAUUCUUUCAUUAUCUUCAUUUAUUUUUAUGUUUAUAAACUAUGCAUAUUCUUUCUACGUUCAUCUCUGUCCCCUCUUUACACUUUCUCUCUUUGCCCACUCCCUAAUUAUAUAA